AUGGUCUGUGAGACGAAGAUGGUACCGGAUGAGGAAAUGCCGGCUUCUAAAGGGGAUGCGAUCGCCGCUUCCAGCCAAAUGUGGUCUCCAGCUCCUCCGCCUCCAGCCCCGGCUCCAGCCGGCCCCGAAGCGGCCCCGGUCCCAGCUCCAGCCCCGUCCCCGUCCCCGUCCCCGGGGGGAGCAGGAGGCGGCGGCCAGCGCCGGGGAAACAAGCCGGAGCCGGUGCUGCUGAUCCGGGAGUUCGAGCCCGGCGACCGGCCGAGCGUCCGCCGCAUCUUCCGAGAGGGUAUUCUGGAGCGGGUCCCUAACACAGCGUUCAGGGGCUUAAAACAACAGCCUGGUACCCUACUGCUUUACUUCUGCUUCACCGUAAUGUGCUUUUAUCUGACCAAGUCCGCGCUGCUGACCUGCUGUGUGCCCACCUUACUAUUGGGCAUGAGAUAUUACUACAGUAGGAAAGUUAUCCUCAGCUAUCUUGAGUGUGUACUACAAACCGACAUGUCAGAUAUAGAGCAAUAUUACAUGAAACCUGCAGGUUCUUGCUUCUGGGUCGCGGUUCUGGAUGGCAAUGUCGUGGGCAUCGUGGCAGCCAGGGGCAAUGAAGAGGACAACAUGGUGGAGCUUCGCCGGAUGUCGGUGGAUUUUGAGCAGCGGGGGAAGGGCAUUGCCAAGGCCCUGGGCCGCAAGGUGCUGGAGUUUGCGAUGCUCAACAACUAUUCGGCCGUGGUGCUGGGGACCACCGCUGUCAAGCCGGCCGCUCACAAGCUGUACGAGUCGCUGGGCUUCAGAUAUGUGGGCAUCACCGAACAUUACGUGCUCCCGGGAAUGAGCCACUCCUUCUUGGAGAAGAUGUUUUUCCAGCUCCGUUAUCACCGCUACCGUCUCCUUGUCCGUGAAGAAUAA